AUGGGUAACAAUAUGACAGUGAAUUGGAGUGAAUAAUUAAAGCACUCAUUCGACUUGUAUGAAACCAAUUCUAAGCAUAAUGUUCUUGGAAAUAUUGAUAUUUAUUAAUAUAUACCAGACAAUAAAGUCAAAAUCUUUAGUACGCAUGAUUAUUCAAAUUUAAUUAGGUAAAUUUGCUUAUGUCCCUGAUAAAGAGUAUUUCCUUUAAAAAACUAAAUUCAAGCAUCCGAAUUUGCUGAGAGCCUUGGCUUUAGAGAAAAGCUCAGGAUCAUGUAGUGGAGACAAAGAUUUAUACAAAGUCUAUUAUGAUUACCCAGGAAUUUGCACUUUGGAUGAGGUUAUUAUUGAAAAGUACGAAUUCUAUUUCUAUAUUAAAGGCAAAGAACUAAAAAAUUCAACGAAUAAGCAAUUUGGAAAAUAAUAUUCUAAGUAGUUGAUUGUGCUGAAUAUUUACAAUCUCACUUUAAAACUAUUGGUAACAUCAAUCCUAAAUCUAUCUAUGUUUUAAAUGAUGGCAUCAAAAUAUUUGUAAUCUAAAUUAUGAUGAUAGGAAGUUAACCAUAUUUUUAAUAUUGAAUCCUCUUAUGAAUAAGCACUUAAAAAUUAAAUUGCCAUCUUGUCUCCAGAGUAAAUUGAGUAGUUGCAAAGAGAUAUCCUUAUUCCCUCAGUCAAUGGUUUCAAGAGUGACGUAUAUGCAUUUGGAAUAGUCUUGCUAUGUCUGACUACACUGAGCAAUUAUACCAAAUUUUACACUCCUAAUUAGGAGUUGGACAAGAAUCAGAUCUUUCAAAGUAUGCAACAGAUUAAAAUGCAAUAUUCUGAACUCUUAUCUGGUUUAAUUUAAAAGAUGCUCCUUGAGAAUCCUUCAGAAAGAUAAUCCUGGAUUGAUAUUAAAGUAGCUUAAAUUUUUUAAAUUAGAGAUUCAUCGACCCAUUCAAGAUCUUAGAAGAAAAAGACUAACCUUUCUAUUCAGACCUGAAAUUGUGUCCUCAAGUCAUCAAUAAAAUAAACAAUCCUUCUGUUGAACCAUGUUAAUAAAACGUCCAAACAACAUAAAAAUAGGUCCCAAUACUUAUUUCUCCUAAUAUAACACCUAGAGUUACAUAAAGUUGUUAAUAAUUAACAGUUGUUCCAGCACCCACUAUUAGUUAAAUUUAUGCUCCUUCUAAUACGACAUACCGAAAUCAGCCAAUUUAAUAGAGUCAAGAAUUCAACAAUCCUUCCAAAAGAUAAGCAACCGUUACCAAUAAUCCUAUAAAUUAACUGUCCUAAAGAGGAGGAGCGCCACGAAAUGAAACAUAAAUUGCUUCUCUUCCUUAAAAUUAAAAAUCAUUUUCAACACUUAAAAUGCCUCCUUAAUCAAGACCUCCAUAAUCAAUGGCUCCCAAUUCAACAUUAGCAAAUACAUUAUACAAUCCCUUGUCAGCAAGGCCAAUAUAAAAUUGA